AUGACUUCUUCGACUCCCCAUGAUGCCCCCGUGCUCUCGAGCUCGCCCAUUUCACUCAGAGGCUCUUCUCCUAUCCGACGAAGGGACAAUAGAGAAUGCCUAUCAUGUCAAACUGACGUGGUAGAAUCUGGGUCCCGACCGCACAUCUCGCCGACGCUUAUCUCCUCUUAUGAUCUGAAUGAUCCAGAAGUGAGGGAAAGACAGAGAACGUUGGAUGUAGACAUGGCCUUGCAUUUGUCCAGGGCACGGAGAGAGACCACAACAACACCUCCAGCAUCAUUACUUGAAUACGAAUCGGCUCCUCACCCUGAAGUAGUGCCCUCAUUCUCCCACUUCUCAGCCAUCGAAGAACACGACAUUCAUAUCGCUCGCGGGGACAGAAUUAACCACGUCGAUCAUAACGGUGUGAACUGCGGUUCUGACGGCUUGCACUCGCCGCGGUCUCUAACUCCUAUCGACUUGCGGAUGCAGCACCUUGACCAAACCCACGACCCAGCGCUUCUUACGACUAUGGGAAGCGAAUAUCCACCAAUUCGCGCUGAGGCUCUUGCAUCUAUGCCGGGCCUUCCCGUGUAUCAAGCAAAUGCAUCUCGCUCCGCUUUCACCUUUGCUCACCUAGAGGCCUUUGCGGCUCAAGAAAAGGCUGAGCUAGGCAUAUCAUCACCUACGGAUACCAAUGGCCAAGCAUUUCGGCUGCGCCUCGCAAGCUUUGCACAGAGCAGUGGUCCAGAACCAGCCGUAUCUCUACCUGGAGGAAUCCCUCCAUUCGACGCUCCAUUUGACUCAUCUUAUCGCGGUAACAUUCGACAACGCAAGCUCAGCCAGAGCAGUCCUGUCCCAAGGCACAGCCGGAAAAGCACCCGGGGCAAGAUGGCCUUAUUUGAGAACCAUGGCGGAGACCCGAACUUCACUCUUCCAAGCCGGCUCAUGGGUAAUGGUCAUUUAAGUGCCAUCCCAUCCUCAGACAAUGUAGCAACAAGUCAGUACAGUGCUGCAGGGAUGGGUGGGAUUAUGACGCCCGGUCAUGACAGACCAUACCGAUUCUCCUUUUACUCCAAUGCGUUGUCUGCAACUAUUCACGCACGAAGCCUCAGCGAACUUCCUGCGGACGGGCAGUCCUUUGAAGAUCUAUUUACUGGCUUGGCUCCUCCCGACCGCUCGCAGGACGUGAAGGGUGGGUCUGCUCCUGUUCCCGUACCUCAACCACACCGAGGGGCAGCCUCUGUUCAGGACACGAACAAACAUCCGCCAGAUUUUACAACUCUCAAUAACAGUAGCUAUCAAAAUGGGAGCAAUCAUGGUCGUCCGGAGAAAGGCGGUGCGAGUAAUUCAGGCCCACCAAAUAGCCUUAGGAAUGAUGGCGAAGUCGAGGGGAAUACAUGGUGGCUAGAUGUCCUAAGCCCGACAGAUGAAGAGAUGAAGGUUCUGAGCAAGGUCUUCUCUAUCCACCCGUUGACUGUUGAAGACAUCCAAAUGGAGGAAGCUCGUGAAAAGAUCGAAUUGUUCCGGAACUACUACCUUGUCUGUUUCCGGAGUUUCGAUCAGGAUCCUUACAGCCCCAUGCACCUGGAGCCUCUGAAUAUGUACAUUAUUGUAUUUAGAGAGGGAACUUUAUCUUUCCAUUUCCGUCCCACUCCGCAUCCACAAAAUGUCCGCCGAAGAAUAAAACAGCUCAAAGAUUACAUUAAUGUCACAUCAGACUGGAUCUCGUAUGCGUUGAUCGAUGACAUUACCGAUGCCUUCGGACCUCUAAUCCAGUCCAUUGAAUAUGAGGUCGACUCUAUCGACGAGCUCGUCCUUAUUUUGAAGGAGGCGGAGCAAAGUGACAUGUUGAGAAGAAUCGGAACAUGUCGCAAGAAGGUCAUGGGACUACUGCGUUUGAUGGGUAAUAAGGCGGAUGUAGUCAAGGGGCUCGCGAAGAGAUGCAACGAAAACUGGAGGGUGGCACCAACGUCAGACAUCGGUCUAUAUCUUUCCGACAUUCAGGAUCACUUGAUAACCAUGACGCAAAAUCUAAAUCACUACGAAAAAAUCUUGUCCCGGUCGCACUCCAAUUACUUGGCACAGAUUUCCAUCGAGAUGACAGAUGCUAACAACCAGAUCAACGAUGUCCUCUCGAAGUUAACGGCAUUGGGUACGGUUCUCAUUCCUAUGAACUUGGUAACGGGUAUGUGGGGUAUGAAUGUACACGUUCCAGGCCAGGAUGAUCAGGUCAGUUACCACUGGUUCGCUGGGAUCCUUGCCGCACUUGCAGCCUUUGGCAUCAUUGGCGGGUACACCACAUACAAACUCAUGGUUAAACGAUAAACGUAUUGGGGUUGAUCAUUUUAUUUUAUUUCUGUUUCAGUGUUUAGACGUCGCUUGUCUGGUCCGCUGUUGUCAUUUGUUAUUCCCGAUCUCGUCAUCGUGAUUUGCGCCUAGACUUUCAUCGAGUUCGCGGGAGAACUCGAGGAUCGUCCUCAUUUUUUCCCAUUAGCAAUGUCGCUUCUUUUCCCAUUCAUAUAUGUAAUAUUCACGUACAUCAAUACUCCAUA